GCGAGCCAAAGCGGCGGAGAACAGGGCAGCAAGCCGGCGCCUGCUGACGUCCGACUACAUCGUUGCCGGUCUUCGGUCCAGGGCGCUCGCUUCCGAAACCGCGGGGUCUUUUCGCACAUCCUCAACUGCCAUGGCGCGCCCCAAUGUGUAUGUCACGAGGCCGGACAUCCCGCACGAGGCGAUGGCCAAGCUGAAGCAGCACUGCAACGUGACACACUGGGACAAAGAGGAGCCGGUGAACUACGACGUGCUGCUGGCCAACGUCAAGGGCAAGGACGCGCUGCUUUGCAUGCUCACUGACAAAGUCGACAAGCACGUCAUCGCGGCAGGGGACAAGCUGAAGAUAAUCGCCACGAUGUCUGUCGGCUUUGAGCACAUCGACAUUGAAGAGUGCAAAAAGAGAAAUAUUCCAGUGACCAACACUCCAGACGUGUCCUCUGACUCCGUAGCGGAACUGACUAUUGCCCUGGCAUUGGCAGCUGGACGGAGAAUUAUGGACUCUGCAAAUGCCAUCAAGGCAGGCGAGUGGGUGCACUCGUGGGGUCCCCUGUGGCUCUGCGGCCAGGGUCUGCACGGUGCAACGGUGGGCUUCAUCGGCAUGGGGCGCAUCGCCCAAAGUGUGCUCCGGGGCAUGAAGGGUCUGCACAUCGGCAAGGCGAUAUACUACGACAAGUUCCACCCCAUCAAGCCAGCGGAGGAGAUGGGGGCCACGUACUGUUCGGUGGACGAAGUGGCCGCCCAGUCCGACUUCAUUGUCACCCUGACUAACCUGACCGACGAGACCAGAGGCAUGUACAACAAGAGCUUCUUCUCGAAGAUGAAGAAAACUGCCGUGUUCAUCAACACCAGCAGAGGCGGUGUCGUCAACCAGGACGACCUGUACGAAGCUCUGAAGAACGGGACGAUCAGGGCUGCUGCCAUUGACGUGUCCGUACCCGAGCCACUGCCGAAGACCGACAAGCUGCUUACUCUGAGGAACCUGAUCGUGACUCCCCACAUUGGCAGUUCCGAGAUAAGCGUCCGAAUCCAGAUGGGCUUCCUCGCCGUGGACAACGUCAUCAACGUCACUACGGGCAAGCCGCCCCGCACCAAGCCGGUCAACAUGUGAACUAGACUCUCGAAGGACGGAGUGGUGGGAGGCGACCAGACAAUCAAUUCUGUAACUGGUAGCCCACUCCUCUGCUCUGCGUGUGUUUUUAAUUUAAGAAAAAAAAAAAAAGGUCCCUCAUUGGUAUAUAUACUGGUGCGGUUGCCAUCGUUUGACAUUAACCGCUCUCGUUCGUUCCUUGGAAAGAACAGAGGCGACAUUCUUCGCGCCUCCUCCUCUUCAUCGCCCAUUCUCCUCGGUCCGCGACCCUUCGUAGCGUCGAAUAAAAUUGUGCCAACUUCUUGUGGUUGUUGAAA